CGCUCAGCCAUGGGUUGUUGAUGUUCACCCAAGCUUUGAUAGCUCUCCGGGGACGGAUACAUAGAGAAGAUGUCCAAGGAAGCUCGUCGUUUCUCUCGGCGACGGCACCCUCCUCUCUCUCUUCCCCCGUGUUUGUUCUCGUUGAUCGUCAACACUGGAGAAAGGAGAGAAGAGCGCCACGAAGAUUCCGUCUAUCCCUACGCCCAAGACACUAUUUUCGCUAAGCUAUUCACCUCGUCACUCGCGUCAACCAGGCGACUGGGAUCACUCCCCUACCCAGGUCCCCCCUCUUUCCCAAUAAUGUGAGCCAUUUCGCCAUCCGACAUCAGUGGACAAG